AUGUCAAAAAGAUUUCUCAUAUAUUUCUGUACAGAGACAAUGUGGGGUUUGCCGUUCGAUCUUCUCAAUGAGGAGGCAGCUUGGGAUAUCGGUAAAGGCCUCGAAACUGUGGUGGCCAUCGAUAAGACGGCGUUCGCAUCGGAGCAGGCUAGCUUUCUCCGCAUCAGAGUGGAUAUACCGGUCUCCCUGCCGCUUCGCCGGGGUGAUCCGGUGAUUAGUUCGGAAGGGGAUCGGGUUUGGAUCGCUUUCAAGUAUGAGCGGAUUAAUGGACUCUGUUUUUCAUGUGGUCGGCUCGGCCAUGAGAUGAAGACAUGUUGUUACUUGAACCCAGAGACUAUGGGGGAUGAAACUCCAUAUGGGGAGUGGAUGAAAGCUGGUGGACGGCGUCGGGCUAAGGAUGAGGAUCACCUAGCAAGUAGUCCACCAAGAAGACAACCGGCUGAAUCGACAGACACAGGAGCGGUGUUUAAUAGGGCACGAACUAACGUGUUGGCUGGGAGGGAGGAGACUAAUCAUGGUAGGAAUCCAGUCUUGGAUAUCAUCCACAAGGAUACUCAGAAUCCCAGCCAAAUAUUACCGUAG